UAGAGAAUAGAAGAAGAUAUAGAAAGAUAAGGCAUGAUUGAAUAUGAACCAACUAAAACCUACCCAAGAUACACAGUUACACAUUGCAGUGCUCAGAGGAAACCAAGAAACAUGAAAACUUUGAGGAUUCAAUUCCAUUUAAAACACCCAAAUUUCAAGUCCCCAUCUUCAAAUCAUGCAUUUCUCAUCCAAACCAAACCCAAAUCACACCUAAAACACCCAAAGAAGGAGGAGCCUUCCUUUUCUGCAACCCAAAAUGUCACUGAUUUGCCCAGUGCCAAGACUCCACUUCUUCAAACCAUUAAUACCUCAUUCAAGAAAACCCAUCUUCAAAUCAUCCCCAAAUCCCAGAAACUUUCAAGAAAUGGGUUUUCUUUAUCUGAAACAGGGUCAAAUGAUGAGAAGAAUUCAAGAAUUUUGAUACUGGGAGCUGUGUCAAUAGGAGUUGUGAUGUUUCUUAUGGGUGUUGGGGAUGAAAAGGCACUUGCUUUAGGCCCUCGAGGUCCAUUAAUGGAGGACUUUUGGGACAACAUGAGGAGAUAUGCAAUUUAUGCACUGACAGUGAGUACAGGUGUUCUCUACGCUGUUUUCCAGCCAAUCUAUGAGCUGUUGAAGAACCCCAUUUCUGCAGUUCUCGUAGUCACUAUCAUUGCAGGCAGCAUUUUCAUUGUUUCUCAGGUCCUUUCUGCCAUGGUUGGUGUCUCUGACUUCUCCUAUGAGUAUAGCUACUAGUGGUUGUGUUCAAGCCAAGAACAAGAAAUCUUUUUAUUUCCUAUAUUGUCUGGGAUUUGGGCUUUUGCUUAGACAAAUGUUGCAUAUUCUACAAAAUCUUCAAUUUUUCUCUUUGAUAAAUUGGUGAUAGCUUCUUGCUACUACCAGUACUACAUAAUCAUUGUUGUAUUAUUAUGUGUCUUUUUUAAUUGUAAGAGAAUUUUGUCAUCUAAACUCCAUUUUUUC